UUGCUUAACUCAGGGUUCCCGCGGGGUCUUAAAAAGUCUUAAAAAGUCUUAAAUUCGGAACUUUAAAUUCAAGGCCUUAAAACGUCUUAAAAACGGCCAUAUUUUCAUCCGAGGUCUUAAAUUUAAUUUAGUCAGGUCUUAAAAAUGGGUUUCUCUCGUUCAUUUCCAGAAACGGGCGCAGAAAGUUAUUACAAAGUAGCAAACAAAAAUUGAGUCAUAAAAUACAUAGCGGAGCUCUAGAGUCUUUGCUACAACGCUGCCCUGAGAACGUUGGUUCGGUGUGUUGUAGUUCUUUCGGGGGAUAUUGGUGAUGGUACGUACGUGGUGAUGGAACUACAAAUCCCAUGAUGAAUGCAUUGCAAUACUUGCCCGCGAAAUACGUUUGUGUCUCCUCAGAGUUUGAAAAGUUUGGUUAUGUGAGAAAAUGGGAAAGUGUAGUUUCAAAGAGUCAUGGCUAGAGCACAUCGAUUUCCGCUGUUGGUUAGUAGCGGUACCCAGCUCCAGGUACGAGGCUCGCUGUAAUCUAUGUCUAAAAAAUAUUAAAUUAGGGACUCUGGGUGUGAAGGCGCUGGAGUCACACGCAAGAGCGGAGAAACACAAAGUAGCCAUAAAAUGCCUUCAGCGGACACAACCAAUUAGUGAGUUUUGUGCCUCACCCCUGCCUUCCCUGCCGUCUUCCUCCUCAAUGCCGGGCCCCUCCGGUCUCCAGCGCAAUAUCGCAGCUCCCUCGAACGACCUUCGGGCUACUUUUGGAUCGACUGACACGUCGAAAGCCGAGGUGCUGUGGAUACUGCACACGGUGACUAAACAUCACUCAUUUAAUAGCAACAGUGAGAUUGGCGAUCUUUUCCGAGUGAUGUUCCCUGAUUCGGUAAUUGCGAAGACGUUCACUUGCGGGCCCAACAAGAUCGCCUAUGUGGCAAGAUUUGGAUUGGGGGAGUUCAUAAAGAGGGAAUUGAUUCGUUCCAUAACCGGGCCGUAUGUCGUAAUGUUCGACGAAAGUCUUAACCAGACCACCAAGACCAAGCAACUUGACGUCCACGUUCGUUUCUGGAAUAAUGGCAAUGUAAAGUCGAGGUACCUGGGUUCACAGUUCAUGGGACAUGGGACAGCGCGGGACCUACUGAAACAUGUCAAAGAGUCUUUGGAUCAAUUGGGCUGCAGCAGGCUGAUGUCAGUCUCCAUGGAUGGGCCUAAUGUUAACUUUAAGUUUUUAGAGCUCCUCCAGCUUGACCAUGCUGAGAACUACGGGGGUGCACAACUGGUCUCCGUUGGCAGCUGUGGGCUCCACACACUGCAUAAUGCCUUCAAGGCUGGCUUUUCGAUGUGGCAUGUGGACAAGCUACUAAAGGCAAUGCACACAUUAUUCCACCAUGUUCCAGCGAGGAGGGAGGACUACGUAAGAGUCACCAAGUCCACAGUGUUCCCUCAGCCAUUCUGCGGCCAUCGGUGGCUGGAAAACCUUCCGGUUAUCGAGAGGGCUCUGGCGGUCUGGCCAUCUCUCCAGCUAUACCUGGAUGCUGUGCACAGAAAAGAGCUGCCAAACCCCAAGACGGCAUCAUUUGACACCAUUGAAGCAGCCCACAACGAUCCUUUAACCAUCACAAGGAUGCACUUCUUCAUGACAGUGGCCAGGACCUUUGAUCCAUUCAUGAGGAAGUACCAAACAGACGAACCUGUGAUGCCUUUCUUUGGCAAAGACUUGGCUGAGUUGCUUAAGAGUCUACAGAGGCGCUUUGUUAAAAGGCCGGUCCUGCAAGACAUCACUGCCCUUCAGCUUACCACACUGGACCUGUCUGACAAGAACUUGCUCCUCUUCCCACAGAAGGUUGACAUCGGCUUGGGUGCUGAGGAAGCUCUCAAGGGGAUACCAUUGUCCAACAGUUUGAGUCUUUCCUGUAUGUUGAGGCAAGGAACGAAGAACUUCUCAACUUCCAGCCAUUUGAGAACCGACUAGACACCUUCCUGCAUGAGAGGUUAAGCCGUCCCUAUCCUGCUGCUUGGGAUUUUUGCCAGAGGUUGCUCCUUCUUUCACAUGGGCAGGCCUCCGUUGAAAGGGGAUUUUCUGUUAACAAGGAGGUGGAGAUCGAAAACAUGCAUGAGGAGACCAUCGUCACAAAUAGGCUGAUCUGCGACCAUGUAGAGAUGCAUGGGGGUGUGACAAAGGUUCCCCUCACCAGAGAGCUCCUAACAUGUGUGGGUGCAGCCCGCUCAAGGUGCCGCAUCUUUCUUGAUCAGGAGCCUACCAAGAAAGAAUCGGAAAUGCAGAGCCUGAAGAGAAAGCUGGCAAAUGAGGGUUUAGAGCAACUAAAAAAGAAAAAGACCAGUUUAAAGGAGGUUUCCGACUGUCUUGCCAGGGAGGCAGACAUGCUUGCCGAGGAAGCCGAGGGAAAGGCUGGCUCAAAGAUGGCCCAGCUCCUCUCCAAGUCAAAUGCCCUCAGAAGGGCG